AAAUAUUAACGCAUCUUUAUUGCUGGGGCUUUGCUACGCUUACGACGGCGAGUCAACCAAGAGAUCCGCCCCCUCGCGCUCCUCUCCCCCGCAUCGUCGCCUCUUCUCCCCACAAAUCCCCCAAACCCUACCGCCGAUCCGGGCCCGGAUCGCCAUGGCCGCCCCCAACAGCAAAGACGCCGCCAACGCCAGCGCCAGCGGCACCGCUGGCGAGGAGGACACCUCCAUCGAUGCGCACAUGACCCUCACCUCCAACCCCACCGCCCGCCGCCACAAGUUCUGGGAGACGCAGCCCGUGGACCAGUUCCGCGACGCCGCCGACACGUCGCUCCCUGACGGCGCCAUCGAGCCGCCCACGCUGCUCUCCGAGGUGCGCGCCGACCCCUACGUGCUGCCCGCCGCCUUCGAGUGGCUCACCUGCGACCUCGACGACGACGCGUUCCUCGCCGACCUCUACUCGCUGCUCGCCCACAACUACGUGGAGGACGACGAGAAUAUGUUCCGCUUUAACUACUCUCCGGGCUUCCUCCGCUGGGCGCUCAAGCCCCCGUCCUUCUUCCGCGCCUGGCACAUCGGCGUCCGCGCCAAGGAGUCCAAGAAGCUCGUCGCCUUCAUCUCGGGCGUCCCCGCGCGCAUCCGCGCCCGCGACGACAUCGUCCGCAUGGCAGAGAUCAACUUCCUCUGCGUCCACAAGAAGCUCCGAUCUAAGCGCCUCGCACCCGUGCUCAUCCGCGAGGUCACCCGCCGCGUCCAUCAGGAGAACAUCUGGCAGGCUGCAUACACCGCGGGGGUCGUCCUCCCGACCCCCAUCACCACCUGCCGCUACUGGCACCGAUCCCUCAACCCCAGGAAGCUCAUCGAUGUUGGGUUCUCUCGCCUUGGCCCGCGCAUGACCAUGAGCCGCACGGUCCGGCUCUACAAGCUUCCUGAUGCGCCGCUCACCCCUGGCUUCCGCAGGAUGGAGCUGCGGGAUGUUGCGGCGGUCACGCGGCUGCUGAGGGCCUACCUUGCGAGGUUUGUGGUGGCGCCGGACUUCGAUGAGGUGGAUGUGGAGCACUGGCUGCUGCCCCAGGAGGAUGUGGUGGACAGCUACCUUGUGGAGAGCCCUGAGACGCAUGAGGUCACGGAUUUCUGCAGCUUUUACACACUGCCUUCAUCGGUGCUGAACAAUGCUAUCUAUGCGACGCUCAAGGCUGCAUACUCGUACUACAAUGUUUCCACCAAGACUCCGCUGCAGCAGCUUAUGAACGACGCGCUGAUUGUUGCCAAGCAGAAGGACUAUGAUGUGUUCAAUGCUCUUGAUGUCAUGGAGAACGAGUCAUUCCUCAAGGAGCUCAAGUUUGGUCCGGGAGAUGGGCAGCUCCACUAUUACCUCUACAAUUACCGUAUCCGCAAUGGCAUCAAGCCAUCGGAGCUUGGUCUUGUGCUGCUAUAGGGCAGUCUAAUCAGGACAGUCCUCGGGUUACACCCUUUCUUCCGCAGCAGGUUGCUCACUGUGCUAUCCGGUGGUUUCUCAUUUAUUGCGGUAGUGAUUCUCCUUGAUAUGAUUGCCAUGGCCAUUCAUGGGAGUCUAAGAUGAUUUGCAAACGAGGAGACUGGAAUUAGGAAAUCCUUUUCAUAAUUUUAAGACUAUUGUUUUUUAUUAGUGGCAUUUGGUGUGUGUGGUUCAAAAUGUGUACGUUGGCACUGAGUUUACCAAGAAAUUUUGAUAGAACUCGUGUUAGUCAUU